AUGUCAUGCCCAAUACGUCAGGGACUGUCCUUGGAACUGUGGAACGGAGGGCAUGAUGAAACCCUUCUCUCUCUUGACCUUUCUCCUUUCCCCUCUCUCUCGCUUGCAGUGGUGGAAGGUCGAGGAGGGGUCGUCGACAGCAUGCAGCGGUUUUCGAGCUUGCCCAUCUACCUGCCGGUGAGUUACCGCAUCUCCAAGGCCGAGGUGGCCUUCUUCCUGAAAGAAACCAACCAGGACAUUAUGAGGAACGCCAGCCUGCAGUCCAGAACGGAAUAUUUCCUUCUCUACCAAGCCACCCAGUUGCCUCUUUUGAAUGCGACUUAUGGCCCGUUUGCCAUCGAGCAAACGGUGCCCCUCAACCUCCUCCUGACGUCUGCGGCCUUCCGGUCUCCCGACCGGUUGACUUUCAACUGGAAAUUGCGGUCGCGCAUCAUCAACAGUGCCGUCUUUCCCAACAGGCCAAAAGUUCAGGCUUUGUUCUACGUCGCUGGCAAAGACUGGGAAGACGAGGAUCCUGCCGAGACCUUCCCUUGCGUGCAGAUGGCGGCCUUCCAGGAGGAUCGAGUCGUUGUUGGCAGCUGCCGGUUGAAAGGUCAGCUGGGGUUAUGCGUGGCGCGGCUGGAAUUUUCACCCAGCUGGUUCGACGUAGCGUCUCCGUCAUCUUUGUCACCGCUGGACCCAGAGUAUCAACCGGUGGUGGAGUCUUCGGAAGGGAACACGGUGGAACUUUUCUAUAGGAUGUACGAGGCUGAUGGGGAAUGUUCUUCAGAAGACCAGCUAUUGGAAGGGUUUCUUCGCUCAGAAGGCCCGGAAGAGGCCCAGGCACCUCCGGCUAUGAUGGGGAGAAUUGGCAGCGUGGUUCUGUACCCAACUCGGGACAAGCUGAAGAAGUCAUUGCUGAGCCUCGACGAUAACCUUGUGGUCUCUGUCCCGCUCAGACCAGUCAAGGAAGGUGACCUUGUUACGUUUCACAUAUCCCUUGCUGCUGGCUCUCGAGCAGAUCAGUUUACAUUAAGAAUUAAGGCUGCCCCGGGAAUGAAGAUAAUAGACAUUCGCGUCAACGAUCCCGACCAGUGGGGAGUUCAACAAGACGUAGACAAUGGAAGGACGCAGACUACCGCCACCAUUGUGUGCGAACGCAUCGAUCCCAACGCGGAGAGCAGGACCAACGUCUCUUCCUAUGAGAUCUUUCAAAUGGACUUCGAAAUUGACAACAGCAGUCGCUUGGUGGGGGCCCAGCAGAUCACCUGGCAGGUGGAAUACCCUCCCGAGGAAGCCCUGAGCGAGCUGCUGGUCUCGGAGAUCUUUGUCAGCCAAACCGCUUUUGCCGGGAUUGUUCCACUUGCAAUGGACACAGAGGUCCUUAACACAGCCAUUCUGACGGGGAAGACAGUGUCUGUUCCUGUAAAAGUGGUCGCUGUAGAAGAAGAUGGGUCAGUGAGGGAUGUAUCCGUGUCCGCGGACUGCAGAUCGGCUGAUGAAGACGUUCUAAAGGUUUCCGACAACUGCGAUGCCAUCUUUGUGAACGGGAAAGAAAUGAAAAGCAAAGUAGACACCAUUGUGAACUUCACCUACCAGCAUUUUACCACCCAGCUGGAAGUCACCGUCUGGGUUCCACGACUUCCUCUGCAAAUAGAGAUCUCGGAUACAGAACUGAGCCAGAUCAAGGGCUGGCGGAUCCCAGUCACGACCAACAAAAGACCUACCCGUGACAGCGAUGAGGAAGAGGAUGAUGAGAAAAAAGGCCGAGGUUGUACCCUCCAGUAUCAGCAUGCAGUAGUGCGAGUCCUCACUCAGUUUGUUGCCGAGUCAUCCGAUCUGGGAGGCCAGCUGACCUACAUGCUGGACUCCGAGUGGCAGUUUGAUAUCACGGAUCUCGUGGCAGACUUCAUGAAAGUGGAAGAGCCCAAAGUGGCCAAGUUACAAGAAGGCCGAGUUCUGUUAGGACGUGAGCCGGGAAUCACCACAGUUCAGGUUCUGUCCCCUCUCUCCGAUUCCAUUUUGGCGGAGAAGACCGUGAUUGUGCUGGAAGACCGAGUGACCAUCACGGACCUCGGGGUGCAGCUCGUCGCAGGCUUGUCACUCUCGCUCCAGACGAGUAAAGGCAACAAGAGGGUCAUCGUGUGUACAGCGUCUGCUUCUGAUAUCCUUCAUUCGCCGAAACAGGAAGCUGUGAUCAGCACUUGGAUUCUGUUCAGCGAUGGAUCCGUGACGCCGUUGGACGUCUACGAUACAAAGGAUUUCUCUCUCACCGUUACGUCGCUGGAUGAAAUGGUGGUGUCCAUCCAUCACAACGAGGAGGAUGACCGGGCACAAGUGGUGGCAGAAGGCGAUGGGCAGGGGCCGCUCAUCAAAAUAGAAAUGGUGAUCAGUGAACCCUGCCAGAAGUCCAAGCGGAAGAGCAGCUUGGCAGUUGGCAAAGGGAACAUCAAGGUGAAGUUUGGCCAGAAGGACUUGGACCACAAAAGCGACACCAAUGACGUUGAAGACGUAGACGCAGAUUUCAAAAACCACGGGAGCAACUCGGUGGAGAAGUCAAUGGAGCAAGAGAGGACAAGACAAGAUUGGCCCAAACAUGGCGCUUCCAUUGAUCUUGAAGAGGUCACUAACCAAAGCACAACUUCCAAGCCUCCCAUUAAUCAAGCUGUUGGGGAAGACCAGUUCCAAAACAGCCCAACUUCCUUAACCAGCUUUCCCACUCAAAUAGACAUUCCUGGGCAGAAUAACCCCAGUGACCUCACUUUAGCUUCCAGAGGCUUGACAGAUCUCGAGAUCGGCAUGUAUGCCCUUCUCUGUGUCUUCUGCUUGGCCAUUUUGGUCUUCUUGAUCAACUGUGUGGCAUUUGCUUGGAAAUACAGGCACAAAAGGUUUGCCGUCAGCGAGCAAGGCAACAUCCCCCAUUCCCACGACUGGGUAUGGCUCGGAAACGAGGUGGAACUCCUAGAGAACCCCGUGGACAUCUCGCUACCUUCGGAGGAGUGCACCACCAUGCUAGACCGAGGGAUGCAGUUUGAGGAGAGUAAUUUCCUCCUCAACGGGAGCUCGCAGAAGAACCUCCACAAUCAAAUCCUUCGGUCCACCGAGUACGCCUGCGAGAAAGAUCUCAGAAACGAACCCAUCAACCCACCGGGACCCAAACGGAAACGAGUAAAAUUCACAUCUUAUACCACCAUCCUCCCUGAGGAUGGAGGACCAUACACCAACUCUAUUGUCUUUGACAAUGACAGUAAUAUCAAAUGGGUAUGCCAAGAUAUGAACCUUGGCGAUUCGAAGGAACUUAGAGACUAUAUGGACAGGCUUCAGGACAAUAUGUAAAACUAAAUGAUAUAUAAAUAUAUAUAUAUAAAUAUAUAUAUAUAUAUAUAUAUUCUUUCUUAUGUUUGUAUUCACCUUUAUGCCUUCUGUUUUAUGGAUGAUGGAGCAGUCAAACCCAGCCAGCAAUAGGAGAAGUCUCUCCAAAUUUUGGGAGGUCCUGUGAUAUUAACUUCGUAUUGUUUAUAUCAGGUGCAAGAAAGAGCUGGCUGUGUUAUCUCCUGUUUCACCAGGUACCAGGAAACAAUGUGUGUCAAGACAGCUACCUGCAAAUUUUUUGGAGGUAUUACGCACAACCAGCUGUUUUUCUUACGCCACCUGGUACUAGUGAAUGCCAAUCCGGCUAUACACCUAAACUCCGAAGAUGGAUUGGUGCGUCAUCGUACAACGAAGUGUCAAAUUCCGAAAACGAACAUUGGUGGGGUGGGGAGGACUGGUGGUUUUUUUCUAGAGGACAUUCUUUGUAAAAGCACAGUAGACAUUCCUUGCUUACAGCCUGAAUCGAGGCCCCUUUUCAAGGAUCAGAAUGAAUCGGCUUAAUGUAACCUGCCUAUAAGUAAACGCAAGCCGAUAAAUACUUAGGGUUUUUUAAAAAAAAACUAUACAUCCCUGUGGUUAAUUUGUUUAACUGUAUUGUUUUUCAAGCUUUCUUGAUUUAUGGAACAUUUAUAUAUUUUCGUUCGCUAUAUCCUCCCCGGUUGUACCAAAGCGUACUAUGGUAUCUUUUCCACCAGGGCUGCACCGUUUAGUCGAUAAAUCAGUUUUUGAAAUACGCUGCUGGCGAAUUGGGCAGCAGA